AUGUCAAUUUAUCAAUCUGUGUUACUCCCAGACGGUAAUACAUAUUCGUUGCCUACAGGACUUUUUAUCAACAACGAAUGGAAGACAUCUGAUAAGACUUUCGAAGUGAUCGAUCCAUCGACAGAAAAGGUCUUAACACAUGUAUAUGAGGCAGGCGUAAAAGAAGUAGAUGAAGCAGUUAAUGCGGCUAAAAAAGCGAUGAAAACGUGGAAAGAUGUUCCAGGCGAAGAGAAAGCGAAGAAAAUGUUGAAACUAGCCGAGCUAUUGAAGCAGAAUAUUGAGAUGUUUUCUGUAGUGGAAGCUGCUGAUUCCGGUAAGCCACUCGAAACCAAUGCUAAGGAAGAUAUGAAGAGCGUGAUUGAUUAUCUUAUAUACUGUGCCGGAUUUGCUGAUAAAUUGCAUGGCACAACAAUUCCAAUUGCGACGAAUAGAUAUGCGAUUACCAAGAGAUAUCCAUUAGUGGUUGGUCAGAUCAUUCCUUGGAAUUAUCCAUUAUCUAUGGCCAGUUGGAAGUUUUGUCCUGCAUUGGCAUGUGGCUGCACCAUAGUUUUAAAAUCCAGUGAGUUAACUCCGCUUUCUUUGUUACUUUUUGCAGACUUAGUCAAGAAAGCUGGAUUUCCUCCUGGAGUUUUUAAUGUUGUCAGUGGAUUUGGUGCUAUUGCAGGAGAGAGAAUUGCUAACCAUCCAGAUCUUGACAAAGUGGCAUUUACUGGUUCUACCUUGACCGGCCAGAAGAUUAUGAGGAAUGCUGCUUCAAAUUUGAAAAUGGUAUCUUUGGAAUGUGGAGGAAAGUCACCUUUGUUAGUUUUUGACGAUGCCAACUUGGAGCAAGCAGCCAAAUGGGCUUCUUUUGGUAUGAUGUACAACUCUGGACAAAACUGCACCGCCAACUCUAGAAUAUUGGUUCAAGAUAAGGUGUACGAUAAAUUUAUAAACUUAUACGUGAAGGCUGUCAAAGAGGAUUGGACUGUCGGUAGUCCGUUUGACAACAAGGCUAAUCUAGGACCAGUCAUUUCAAAGAAACAAUACGACAAAAUUAAAUCAUACAUUCAAAAGGGGAAGGAUGAAGGAGCAGUUUUAAUUUUGGGAGAGGACAGUGACCAACUCCGGUCUUUACCAAAAGAUGGCUACUACAUCCCACCUACAAUUUUCAAAAACUGUACCCAAGACAUGACCAUUGUUCGUGAGGAGAUCUUCGGACCUGUGGUGGCAAUUUCAAAAUUCACUACUGAUGAAGAAGCUAUUGAAAAGGCAAAUGAUUCUGAGUAUGGUCUUGCGGCUAUGGUGUUUUCUGAAAAUUUCGGUCGGAUCCAAACUGUUGCUGACCAAUUGGAGGCUGGUUCGGUUUAUUUGAAUGCCUCGAACGAUGAAGACACCAGAGUUCCGUUUGGUGGAUACAAAAUGAGUGGUAUUGGGCGUGAACUUGGUGAAGCUGCAAUAGAGUUGUACACUCAAACCAAGAGUUUCUACAUGAAUGUGAGCCACAGACUUUAG